CCACUUAUAUUGCUUUGCCUUCCCACAUUUUGCUGGCGGAUAAACUGAAGAGGGUCAGAUUGAAGGGAACCAGAGAAACUCGUAAGGGACAGCAAUAUUCCAAAGACUCGUUUGUGGAAUACGGCAACACUUGAGUGGGUGCGUGGUUGCAACUAUGUGCCAGGAGUGUCCCAUGGGAAGGACUAACUGUGAUCGCACUAGUAGAUCCAGCGGUUGCUGCAGAUUUCUGCUGCUGAUGCUGCUUCUGGUCCAAUCCGGUGCUGUGCUGGCAGUAGCUGCGAACCACCAUAAUUGUGAUGAUCAGCUCCUAUCCAGCUUGCCUCAAUCAUCUUUCAGUAGUUCUUCUGAGCUCUCCAGCAGCCAUAGCCCUGGAUUUGCAAGACUUAAUAGGAGAGAUGGAGCUGGAGGUUGGUCACCCUUGAUAUCCACCAAAUAUCAGUGGCUUCAAGUUGAUCUUGGAGAAAGGACAGAAGUAACAGCCAUUGCAACACAAGGCAGAUAUGGGAGUUCUGACUGGGUCACCAGCUAUUUUCUAAUGUUUAGUGACACUGGGCGAAACUGGAAACAGUACCGGCAGGAAGAAAGUAUCUGGGUAUGA